UCAAACAUCCCCAACGCUGGGGCGACACUCCUCCUAUUCCCGCGUCCAAUUAGUUAUUUUGGUCUGGCCCUUUAAGACGCAGCAGCGGGUCAGCAAGUAGUGUAGUGUUUCUCUAAUUGAACUUCGCCCAAUCAACAAUAACUAGUUAGCAGUUGCUUGCUUUUUCUUGUUCCUUGAGACAGCUUAUUCCUCGCAGGAAUCGCCCCCAGCCACUACCCGUUAUACUUUCUAAAGAUCUUCAUGGAACUUCGCAGAGGAACUGUCUCUCUCUGGAAGGGAAUACAAUUCGGUUGCCUGUGAAACUGCAGCCUACGCCCGAAGCAUGGUUAUUUUGGAGAAAACAUUUCAGACAAGUGAAGUUGCAAGAUUCGACUGAAAGUGAUUUUUAAAAAAGUGGGUUGUGAAGAAGACGCGAAUCGAAGGAAACACUCGUGGACGUUUAAACUAGCAUUUGAAUGAAAUAACCAGCCUUUGUCAGCAGUAAUUCCAUUGGACUGCCGAUGACCUCCAGUAAAGACAUGAAGGCAGGCUCCGUGUUGCAGUCCAGCGGCGAGGAGAGGAGACGGGGUCCUUUGGACCAGCUUCCACCCCCCGCCAACUCCAACAAGCCACUGACGCCGUUCAGUAUCGAGGAUAUUCUAAACAAACCCUCCGUGAAGAAAUCAGUUGCUAAUCUCUGUCCACCGAGAGUUAUUGAAAAAGUGUCCGGCUCAAACGCAGCAAGGAACGGUAUUACCACUCCUUCUUCGCCGUUAUGCGCUCUGGAGGAACUAGCCAGCAAAACAUUUAAAGGUCUGGAAGUCAGCGUUAUACAAGCAGCUGAAGGUCGUGAGCAUGUGAACGCCUUUGGACAGAGGCAGACCUCAAAAAAGAGGAGAAAGUCCCGGACAGCUUUCACCAACCAUCAGAUAUAUGAACUCGAGAAGCGCUUUUUGUACCAGAAAUACCUGUCCCCGGCCGACCGAGACCAGAUAGCUCAGCAACUGGGGCUAACCAACGCUCAGGUCAUCACCUGGUUUCAGAACAGACGGGCCAAGCUCAAGAGAGACUUGGAAGAGAUGAAAGCGGACGUGGAGUCGCUCAAGAAAAUACCACCACAAACCCUGCAAAAGCUAGUCACCAUGGAAGAAGACAUUGACGACCAGCAAGGAAGCAUCUCCCCGUCGUCACAAGGACACCGAGCAUUUCCACAGUCCCCCUCUUCAUCCAGAGAUCAAACCACGGACGAAUUCUCAGAGGAGGACGAAGAGAUUGAGGUGGACGAUUGACAGUAGGCCCAUGUUUUAAGAAAGGGCAUUUUUAACUUUUGCACGGAUAUUGACGGCGGGAGAAGUGAAACAAAAAAAAAGGAAAGUUUACUUUCUCCUCUUCUCCAUUUUAAUUUAUUAAUAGGACUGUAAAGUCUUCUGUUUCAAUUUCACCAAAUUAUUUGAGGAAUAGCCUACAUCUUUAUUUUAAUUGGAUAUGAAAAAUACUUAGUGUUUUGGUACAGGAUCAUGACUGCAAAAUGUGUAUGUACAUUUAACGCAGGGGGUGGGGGGGCAAUUAUUUAACUUUUCAUCCACAUUCAGCUGCUAAAGGACAUAUCAACCAAAAACUCGAAUGUGCCCAAGGUUAGGCCCACGUCUUCUACAAAAUGCCCAGAACUGGAAAAAAAAACUAAAUGGGCUAGAUUAAAAUUGGUGUCUAGGAUAUGUAUCGAUCUUGAUGUAGGCUAUAUUUCAUUUAAAAAAUAAAUGCCAAUAGCAGUCAUGUAAAAAUCCAUUAUCAUUAUCCAGUUGCAGACAUAUCGCCAAAUUUUUUACAUGCAUAAAUUAGGCUGUAUAUAAAUUCAAUAACUAAACAUCAUAUGCCUAAUUUUAUUGUACCAUUCUAUUUAACCAGCAUUAUGUAAAUAAAGGGUAUGGUAUUUCAUGUUA